CUGCAUCGCACAUGUGACGUGCAGCAAUCAUCCUCGCACUCGUAGGAUGCGAAACAAGGCCGCACAAUUGGCUGACCAAGUCCCCCUGCGCAAACAAUCGGGGCGAUGCGGCGCCUUUCGAGUCAUUUUGUUCGUUUCAGUAUGUACCGUCAGUUCGGCCAAUGUGAGUACGGGAAAUGGCGCUCUGUGGACAAAAAUGCCAUGCGGGCAGACCCAGUUCCUACCCCGCAUCAUAAACGGUCUGCGCGCUCCAGAACACCGAUACCCAUGGGUCGUACUGGUUCAAGCUAGGGACGAAGUGAAGAAGCUUACGGGCAUCUGCGGUGGCAAUAUCAUCACCAACAAGCACGUCCUCACAGCCGGACACUGCUUGUUUCUGUGAGUGCCAACG